AUGGCAAACUCGCCAGACAUGAUCGAUUUGGGACUUGGAACUGAGGUGGCCAACAUGGAGAAUUACCUCCAUCGCAUCGGUCGCAGCGGCCGAUUUGGCCGGAAGGGCGUGGCCAUCAAUUUCGUCACGAACAACGACGUGCGAACUAUGAAAGACAUCGAAAAGUUCUACCACACCCAGAUUGAGGAGAUGCCGGCGGACAUUGCUGACCUCAUCUGA